AUACCAGAUCCCGAACUUUCUUGCACAUUUCUUCGUCGGUGGCAUCCAGUGGGCGUCCAGACCUGGCUUCAUUUUCUAAAGACGUUCUACCGCGUUUGAAUUCCCCUACCCAGAAUUUAACCUGAACAUAAGAUGGUGCAGAAGAUCCAUACACAUCGCUGUGUAUUCCCUUGCCUGUUUUACCUUUUAAAUACAAGUACAGAAUUAUAGCAUGGUACUCAAGAUGUGUUGAAGACUAUGAUGGGUCUACAUGUAUUUACUACAGAGACAGUAUUUUCAAAUGAGAGAAUUCCGUGCAUUUUUUCGGUAUAUGAACUGAAGUAAUUUCUGCGCUACUACUGAGUGUAAUUUGUUCCAUACACAGAAGCGGAGAAAUCAAAGAAUACUAGUCUAGUAUCAGUGGCGGAUUUAAGGGGGCGCACUUAAAAUUUUCAAAAUCAAGGUAAAUCGUGGUCACUUGUUUAGAAAAACGUGAACGAUAAAAUUGAUUAAAAAUGGCAGAAAAUAAUAAAAAUGACUACUUAGGAGACAUAUUUCAAGCCCUAUAAAAUUGUUAAAUCCAGGAGCUUCAAGGUGGCCCCCAGACCCCCUGUCUCAUAAACUUGCGCCCCCCUUACCGCAUAUCCUGGAUCCGCCCCUGAGUAUGUAUAUCAAAUUUCGUUGUAUAAAAAAAUCAUUAUAAAAGAGAAUUAAAUAUAUCAAAACCUGUAAAUGACUGUUAGAAUUAAAUGCAUGAUAUGUCCGUGCUGGUCGUGUCGGUCUAUGAAUUUCAUUUACCGUCAUAUAUUCCGCCAUCGUCGAUCACUAUACACAGUUCUAAGUGACAAUUUAAAUCUCUGUUGUGAAAUCAAGGUCAUGUGAGGAUUCUUCCACUAAAUUUCCACGUGAUUCCUCUCGGAUAUUAAAACAAAUUACAGAACGAACCACAUCCAUUCAUUACAGAAAUCAACAUCGAAGACAAAAGGACACGAGGAACCCGGACAGCGCAAUGUCUCUUUCGCUCGCCUGUGCGCUCGUUGUAGUCGGAGUUAUCGCUACCUGCUUUUGUGAGCCGAUCAAUUUCAAAGAAUGCGAUGGAUCACCACACAUCAAAGAAGUGAACAUUACACCUUGUAACAAACAACCCUGUGUAUUUUAUCAUGGAAUGAAUGUCACGGUGUCGGUAACGUUCAAUGCAGUGAAAAACUCCGUUGGAUUAACGGCUGAAAUCUAUGGAAUUUUGGCUGGUGUUCCUAUAAAAUUCAACAUGCCAAACCCAGACGGAUGUCGAUCUAGCAAUAUCACGUGUCCGGUUAAGAGCGGAGAUGAGUAUACCUACAGCGGACUGUUCAAUGUGAUUCCAACGUAUCCAAACAUCCGCCUGACGGUGAAAUGGGAUUUAAAGGCUGAUGACAACAGUUACCUAUUUUGUUUUGUGUUUCCUAUGGAAAUCGACAGAUAACGUAUUUGACCAUUUUCUUAACGUAUAAAUACCAUGUGUGUUCUUAUGUCACAUUACAAUACAUUCAGCAUUGCA